UGCUGGUUUCCCACAACCGCAGUUUCGCGGGGGAAUCGAACGCAGCGGCCUCCCGGGGAGGGGAGGCCUGAAGACCGGGCCUCGGACCAGUCUUUUCGGCGGAGAAGUGACGGCACAGAGAACCGCACCUCGGCGGCGGCUGUGGAGGCAGAACGGGUUUGGAUUGCGGCUUGCCGGACGCGUUACCGGCUGCGCUGGGCGCAGGCGCUGAUAGCCGCAAUCCCUGGGUAAGCCAGAAGCGUGGACCUUCUGUAUGCUAAACAAGAUUCUCCUCCAGCCUCUGGUAUUUACCUUGACCUUCCUCUGGUGCGCGUGUGCAGAGGACUACAAUACCCACAAUCCUUUCUGGGAUAUGUGCCUCUGAGACUGGUCAAAAGAAUGGAUUUUUCAGAGGCUUACUCUGACACAUGCUCUACGGUUGGACUUGCUGCCAGGGAAGGCAAUGUUCAAGUCUUAAGAAAACUGCUCAAAAAGGGACGGAGCGUUGAUGUUGCUGAUAAUAGGGGAUGGAUGCCAAUUCAUGAAGCAGCUUAUCACAACUCUAUAGAAUGUUUACGGAUGUUAAUUAACGCAGAUUCAUCCGAAGACUACAUUAGGAGAAAGACUUUUGAGGGCUUCUCAGCAUUACAUUUUGCUGCACGUCGAGGACAUUGGAAGAUCGUACAGAUUCUUUUAGAAGCUGGGGCAGAUCCUAAUGCAACUACGUUAGAGGAAACCACGCCACUGUUUUUAGAGUACUGCCACCUUCAUAGCAGAAAGUUUUGUGCUGUUGAAAAUGGACGGAUGGAUGUGUUAAGGCUGUUGCUUCGAUACGGAGCAAAUGUUAAUGGAUCCCAUUCUAUGUGUGGAUGGAAUGCCCUGCACCAGGCUACUUUUCAGGAAAAUACUGAGAUCAUAAAAUUGCUUCUUAAAAGAGGAGCAAGUAAGGAAUGCCAGGAUGACUUUGGAAUCACGCCUUUAUUUGUGGCCGCUCAGUAUGGCAAGCUAGGAAGUUUGAGCAUACUUAUUUCAUCAGGUGCAAAUGUCAAUUGUCAAGCCUUGGAUAAAGCUACUCCCUUAUUCAUUGCUGCUCAAGAGGGCCACACAGAAUGUGUGGAGCUUUUGCUGUCCAGUGGGGCAGAUCCUAACCUCUACUGUAACGAAGACAGUUGGCAGUUACCUAUUCAUGCAGCUGCACAAAUGGGCCAUACAGAAAUCUUGGACUUGCUCAUACCACUUACUAACCGGGUCUGUGACACUGGUCCAGACAAAGUGAGCCCUGUUUACUCGGCAGUGUUUGGAGGGCAUGAAGACUGCCUAGAAAUGCUACUCCAGCAUGGCUAUAGCCCUGAUGCCCAGAUGUGCCUCGUCUUUGGAUUUAGUUCUCCACUCUGUAUGGCUUUCCAAAAGGACUGUGAAUUUUUUGGAAUUGUGAAUAUUCUUUUGAAAUAUGGAGUCCAGCUAAAUGAACUUCAUUUGGCAUACUGCCUGAAGUAUGAGAAAUUUUCAGUAUUUCGUUACUUUUUGAAGAAAGGUUGCCCAUUGGCACCAUGGAACCAUAUGUCUGAAUUUAUAAAUCAUGCAGUUAAAGCACAGACGAAAUAUAAGGAAUGGUUGCCAUUUCUCCUGCUUGCUGGAUUUGACCCACUGAAUCUUCUAUGCAGUUCUUGGACUGACUCAGUCAGCGAUGACACCCUUAUCUUUACUUUGGAGUUUACUAAUUGGAGGAGACUUCCUCCAGCUGUUGAAAAGAAGCUCUCUGCUCGUGUCUCAAACUCCUCGUGGGCUCUACAGCAACAUAUUGGUGCUGUUCCAUCCCUGACCCACCUUUGUCGUUUGGAAAUUCGGUCCAGUCUAAAACCAGAACACCUACGAUCUGAUUAUUUUAUUUGUCAGUUGCCACUUCCCAGAAGCCUACAUAAUUACCUGCUCUAUGCAGAGGUCCUGAGGAUGAACGAAGUUCCCGAACUGACAGUUAUUCAAGAUGGAGAAAUCAGCGAAGCUACUUAACACUUAAUCUGUCUUACUCUGAAAACCACCAAGACUUAAGAGGCAUGGAGUACAACGUCUUCAUGAUUUUAGAGGCACAAAAGAUGAUUUUUGUUUGAGUGUUUGGUUAGGUUUUUUAUGGGUGGUAUUAGUUCAAUGCAACGAGGGCCUUCCUAGUAAAAAAUAUUGUAAACCCGACUUACAGUACUUUAUUACAGUUUCAUCACCAGUAAAUUUAAUUUGUGAUAUUCAUUUAUCUAACCAGAUGGUGCCUCUAGUGCUAAACAUGGCAUAUUUCCACCUAUGAUUCUGUGUUUAUGUAGGGCUAUCAGCUUAGAAUGGAAAGAAUUAAAACUUCAUUGGAAGCGUACACACAGUGGUGGAAUUUAUUGUUAUUAUUUUAUUUGCGGUUGAACAUCUCAUAUUCAUAAAAGAAUUACCUUAUAUUUCAUUCUUAUCUCUUCAGUCACUUUUGUGAAGAAUUGUUAUUGGUUUCUCACAGGUAAACUCAGGAAAGGAAAGAAAA